GGGAAUAGUGAGAGCCAACUCACAUUGGGGCUCCUGCAGGAUCCUGGGGUGCUUGGAUUCUGGUUGUAAUUUAUGCUGGCAAGCAUGGAGGAAUGAGUGUAAUCACCUUGCUUGGUCCUGCACUGCCCACCCAGCCAGAUCAAACCUAGCCUUCCCCUGUGAUGGGCAGACAGACCCUGAGUGAUCCAUGGAGUAUAUGGUUGUUCUGGAGUUCACAUAGAGUAGUGUCUGUCAGGUGACAGCAAUAACUGGAAAUUACCCAGGCGAAUGAUGCGGGCUAGUGCAGAUAAAUGUCCCACCACCCAGUUUUAUAUUACAAUGCAGCCCCUGCCCUAUCUAUCUACCUUUAAGCAAAUAUUUAAUAUGCCUAGUUUAUCUCAUCUGGUUCUUCAUACUUCCUUUGUUUUUUUCAAGACAGAGUUUCUCUGCAAAGCCCUGGCUGUCCUGGAACUCGCUCUGUACACCAGGCUGUCCUGGAACUCACAGAGAUCCACCUGCCUCUGCCUCCUGAGUGCUGGGAUGAAAGACGUGCGCCGCCACCACCACCACCCAGCUCACCCUUCCUUUUUAAUAGAGCAUGCAUAAAACUUUGCCAAAUAACAGAUAAGGAAACAGGUCUAGCCCUAGGUCUUGUGGUUGGUGAGUGUACAAAGGAACAAAGUGGAAUCUUCUCCAAGACAGACACUAUCUGUAAAUGUUUGUCUUUGCAAGUUCUCAAUGCAACCACCCUCCUCUACAGGGGCUGUUUAUAUUUUCACUUUGUGGUGAGGCACUGAGGCACAGGACUGCCCAACAGCAAGGGCUGAGGUGUGGACUGGGACAAGCCCCAGGUGGCUGACAACAGAAUCUUUGCUCUUACUGAAGUGGCCAGGAGGCAGACAGCAGGCCAGCAGGCUUCCAGUGUCCCGUCUGUGCACAUAAGGAAAUGGAUGACUUGGUAGCUUCUCUGUGCCUCAGUGUCUUAUAAAACAGGUACAAUAUCAGAACCCUCCUUCACAGGCUGGUGUGAGGAUUAAGUUAGGCCUACCCCUCAAGCUCGGACUCAGGGCCCUUCACACACCAGGGGCUGCACAGUCCUUUCUGCUACUAGGAUCUGACAUGCAUUAGGCGUUUGAGAAACAGUAAGGAAACAACUCCAAUGUGCGCUUUUACAGAUAGCUGCAAAUGAGAAGAGAUGUAAAAAUAUCCUUUCAGAUGAGCACAUGGCUGGGCACCCUCCUAGGCACAAGGGUUAGGUUUUCUUUUCAUCACUGACAAAACAGCUAACACAAAAACAACAGAAGGAGAAAGGGAUUAUUGUGCCCAGUUUCGGGUUUCAGCUCAUCAUGGCAGGGAGGGCAUGGGCAGAGUGCCGCAGCUCACCUCCAGGUGGCCAGGAAGCAGAGAGGAGGGAGGAAGGGAGAGAAAGGGAAAGGGGGAGAGGGUAUGGCUACAUUAACAGAGGCUUUUCCCACCUUCUUGAUUUUUCUGACGCGUGUGUGUGUGUGUGUGUGUGUGUGUGUGUGUGUGUGUGUGCGCGCGCGCUUACGCAUGCCCCACAGCUCAUGAAGAGUCUGGAGGUCUUAUGGCAGCUUGCAGGAGUGGGCUCUCUCCUUCUACCGUAUGAGUCAUGGGGCUUGAACUCGGGUCAUCAGGCUUAGUAGCAAACACCCUUACCUGCUAAGGCAUCUCAUUGAACCACACUUCCCUCUUUUUCUCCUAGCCUUUGGGAUAGUGCUACCCACAUUCAGGGUGGGUCUUCCCCUUUACUUAGUCAUCUGUGGAAACACCCCUCAGUCACGUCCAGAGGUAUGUUUCUCUUGGCUCCCAGGGUAUUGUAAAUCCAGUUAAAUUGGCAAGAUUAACCACCAUGGUACAGGAACUCAAAGGGGGAGUAAGGAUGUCAUCACCUCCUCUCAAGACUUUUGGCCUGGGGAGGCUAGUGGGCCUCGAGCCCAUGCCUCAGGAGGCUGUUCUUGAUAUGACAGAUAGAAGGACCCCUGAGCUGUUUUCUGAGUGACUUCUAAGCAGUAGUCCGAUAAGUACCUUCAGGGACCCUCCAUCGAGCCUCACAUUUAUAGGUGGGUAAACUGAGGCACAGAGCCGGGGCCUGGCUAACCCAGUGCUGUAAGUGCUUGGAUACUCAAUAGAUCGUGUGCCUUGCCAACCUCUCAGCCCUGUGGAGGAGUCAGGAGACAUGGCCUCCAGUCCGGCUGUGAACUUACGGCCCCUGGGUGAGUUAUUUACUCUCUUCUGCUUUCCAUUUCCCCCUCUCCCUCUGGGAAGGGUGGCUACAGCCUUAUUGCACUGGUAAGUGCUGAUGCGAUGGGUCCCUCGAGUUCUGCUAAGCUAGUGGGUCUCAACCUCUGUAAUUAAUGCUGCGACCCUUUAAUACAGCUCCUCGUGUUGCGGGGACCCCCAACCAUAAAAUUAUUUCAUUGCUACGUUAUAACUGCAAUUGCGCUACUGUUAUGAAUCAUAAAGUAAACAUCUGAAGCAGAAUAUGUGACCCACAGGUUGAGAACCACUGUGCUAAGUACUAAAGCAAGAUAGUAGGUGGUCCAUACGCUGUCAUAUUUAAUGGAAGUUUUUGGAGACACUGCCACACUGUUUAGCCAAAGCUGCCUGGGACUCACAAUCUUCCUGCCUCUGCCUCCCAAGUGCUGGGAUUACAGGUGUGUGUCACCACACCUGACUUCUCUAAUGGGGACUUAGUGUUUUCUGUGGGUACUCUGCACUCUUCCUCUAUCAUUUUGUCUGUGAAGCCAAUGGUGGCAUGUGGAACUGGCCUUAGUGGUCCAGGCCUUUCCAGAUCUGCUUUCUUGAUUUGGGCAUCUGGUGCCAGGGCAGAAGCAGGGAAUGUCUCCCAUGGGGCCUUGGAAGACCUCAGAAAUUUGCCUCCCACCCCACCGCAGCUCCUGUGCAUGACAACCAUUCUUUCCAUCUUCUGGGUGCCUUGCUCCCCACUUCUAGGGCUCCAGCCCUCUUCAGUCCUCCUCUUGGGUACACAGGGCCACUUGCAGAGCCUAGGCCACCUUUCUUGGGGUCUUGCAGAGGGGAUGAACAUCUAGUAGAAUGUAGAAAAAGCCUUGCUCUUCCCCAGAAGACAGAAGAAUUGAGAGGCCCUCAUUCAAAGAGAAGACGGGAGGAAAUGCCAGGAGUGGCAGUUGAGUUUUACUCUAAGCCCCUUUCUUUCUUGGGCAGGUUUCCCAGGUCUUCACUGGAGUGCCAUCUGAGGCAUGCCCACCUGUCCUGCCAGGGGAGGGUGAGCAGCAUGGGACCCCUGGUGCUUCCUUCUCAAGCCUGUUGCAGGAAGUGCUCUCAAACGUGGAUGGGAGAACUGCGGUUUGGAACACUGAGUUGGUGGGAUGCAGAGCCAGUGCCGGACACGGGAAGGCAGAGGGUGGUCUCCAUGCUCCCACUUGGAGGUUGUGACAUGUGCUCACAGGAAGGCUUCCAGGCACAGAGGAGCCAGCUGGUGGCACUGUUGGUCUCAGAGUCCUUGGAGGGCUUCGAGAGCAUCUUGGACUGGCUCCUGUCCUGGGAGGUGCUGUCCUGGGAGGACUAUGAAGGCCUCAGCCUCCCCGGCCAACCUCUCUCCCAUUCUGCCAGGCGCCUGCUGGACACAGUCUGGAACAAGGGUGAUUGGGGCUGUCAGAAGCUCCUCGAAGCUGUCCAGGAGGCCCAGGCCAACAGUCACACCCUUGAACUGCACGUCUGCUGGGGCACUCACUCCCUUCAUCCAACCAGAGACCUGCAGAGUCACCGGCCAGCCAUCGUCAGGGGACUCUACAACCACGUGGAAGCCGUGCUGGAGCAGGCGAGGGAGGGGGGAUUCCUGAGCCAGUACGAAUGUGAUGAGAUCAGGCUGCCAAUCUUCACAUCAUCCCAGAGGGCAAGAAGGCUGCUUGAUCUCGCCACGGUGAAGGCAAAUGGACUGGCUGAUUUCCUUCUACAGUACAUCAAGGAAUUACCUUCACUGCCCCUGCCUCGUGAGGCUGCUGAGUGUCAAAGGUUCGUAUCGAAGCUGAGGACCAUGGUGGCAGCUCAGUCUCGCUUCCUCAGUACGUACGAUGGGUCAGAGAAUCUUUGCCUGGAGGAUAUAUACACGGAGAACACCUUGGAGCUGCGGACAGAGGUGGGCACGGCUGGGGCCCUGCAGAAGAGCCCUGCCAUCCUGGGCCUGGAGGAACUCUUUGGUACCCAUGGCCGCCUGAACAAGGAUGCAGACACUGUCCUGGUGGUGGGGGAGGCAGGCAGCGGCAAGAGUACUCUCCUGCAGCGGUUGCACUUGCUGUGGGCGACCGGGCAGAACUUCCAGGAGUUUCUCUUCGUCUUCCCGUUCAGCUGCCGGCAGCUGCAGUGCAUGGCCAAACCACUGUCUCUAAGGACGCUGCUCUUCGAGCAUUGCUGUUGGCCCGACGUUGGUCAGCAUGACGUCUUCCAAUUCCUCCUUGACCAUCCUGACCGUGUCCUGUUAACCUUCGACGGCUUGGAUGAGUUCAAGUUCCGGUUCACAGACCGGGAGCGUCACUGCUCUCCGACUGACCCCACGUCAGUCCAGACGCUGCUUUUCAAUCUUCUUCAGGGGAACCUGUUGAAGAAUGCCUGCAAGGUGCUGACCAGUCGCCCAGAUGCUGUGUCAGCACUCCUCAGGAAGUUUGUCCGUACAGAAUGCCACCUGAAGGGCUUCUCGGAAGAGGGCAUCGAACUGUACCUGAGAAAGCACCACCGGGAACCUGGAGUGGCAGACCGCCUCAUCCACCUGCUCCAAGCCACAUCCGCCCUGCAUGGUUUGUGCCACCUCCCUGUCUUCUCCUGGAUGGUGUCCAGAUGCCACCAGGAAUUGUUGCUGCAGAAUGGGGGGUUCCCAACAACCAGCACAGACAUGUACCUCCUGAUCCUACAGCAUUUCCUGCUCCAUGCCUCCCCUCCAGAUUCCUACCCCCUCGGCCCGGGACCUGAGCUCCUUCAAAGUCGGCUCCCUACCCUCCUGCACCUUGGCCACCUGGCUCUCCGAGGCCUGGCCCUGAGCUGCUACGUGUUCUCAGUCCAGCAGCUCCAGGCAGCACAGGUUGACUCUGAUGAUAUUUCUCUUGGUUUCCUGGUACGGGCUCAAAGUGUGGUGCCUGGGAGCAAGGCACCCCUGGAAUUCCUGCACAUCACCUUCCAGUGCUUUUUUGCCGCAUUCUACUUGGCAGUCAGUGCGGACACAUCGGCAGCCUCACUCAGGCACCUCUUCAGUUGUGGCCGGCUGGGCAGCUCACUGCUGGGUAGGCUGCUGCCCAGUCUGUGUAUCCAGGGCUCCAGAGUCAAGAAGGGCAGUGAAGUGGCUUUACUACAGAAGGCUGAGCCACACAACCUGCAGAUCACAGCAGCCUUCCUAGCGGGUCUGUUGUCCAGGGAACAUCGGGACCUGUUGGCCGCAUGCCAGAUCUCUAAGAGGGUGCUACUCCAGCGCCAGGCGUGUGUCCGCUCCUCUUUGGCUCAGAGCCUUCGUGAACACUUCCACAACAUCCCACCUGCCGUGCCUGGCGAGGCCAAGAGCAUGCAUGCCAUGCCUGGCUUCAUUUGGCUCAUCCGCAGCUUGUACGAGAUGCAGGAGGAGCAGUUGGCGCAGGAGGCUGUGCGUCGCUUGGACAUUGGGCACCUGAAGUUGACCUUUUGCAGAGUGGGCCCUGCGGAGUGUGCUGCCCUGGCCUUUGUGCUGCGGCAUCUCCAGCGGCCUGUGUCCCUGCAGCUAGACCACAACUCUGUUGGAGAUGUUGGAGUGGAACAGCUGCUGCCCUGCCUUGGUGUCUGCACAGCUCUGUAUUUGCGAGAUAACAAUAUCUCAGAUCGAGGUAUCUGCACACUCAUUGAGUAUGCUCUUCGCUGUGAGCAGCUGCAGAAGCUAGCCAGGCUCUUCAACAACAAACUCACGGAUGGCUGCACCUCCUCCAUGGCCAAGCUCCUUGCACACAAGCAGAACUUCUUGUCACUGAGGCUGGGAAACAAUCACAUUACGGCUGCUGGAGCUCAGGUGCUGGCCCAGGGGCUCAAGAGCAACACCUCCCUGAAGUUCCUGGGGUUUUGGGGCAACAGUGUGGGUGACAAAGGUACCCAAGCCCUGGCUGAAGCUGUGGCUGGUCACCAGAGCAUGAUGUGGCUCAGCCUGGUGGGGAACAACAUUGGCAUCGAGGGUGCCCAAGCCUUAGCACUGAUGCUGGAGAAGAACAGGUCCCUGGAGGAACUCUGCCUGGAGGAAAACCAUGUCUGUGACGAAGGGGUGUGUUUUCUCGCCGAAGGACUAAAGAGAAACUCAAGUUUGAAAAUCUUGAAGCUGUCCAACAACGGCAUUACCUACCGGGGCGCAGAAGCCCUCCUUCAGGCCCUCAGCAGGAACAGUACCAUUCUGGAAGUUUGCUCUCACUGCCUUUCAUCCCUGCAGGCUACGAGGGAACACCUUCUCCCUGGAAGAAAUUGAAACACUCAGCUCCAGUGACAGUAGACUCCUGCUGUGAUGUCACAGCCCUGGAAGCUUGGACUCUGGAGGCUGAAUAGCUUCAGGCAGUAUCCAUGUGCUACUCAGGGCUGGACAUUUUCCCUGGGAGCACUAUAGUCACCUUGUGAGAGCAGAAUAAGGUGCUCCAGUGCCCUCCAGAAUUGACUUUUCCCAAGGAUGCAUGAUGGGUGGUCUUGGUUAACUGAACUGGUUUAAGAGACAAGUGGGACUAGAGGACUGCAUUUCUGUGGGUGUCUAGAGAGGGCCAUCAUAUAGGACAGUAACUGAGAGGGGAAAGGACCUGACUGAAUGUGGGUAGCACAAUCCACUGGGUGCCCCAUGGGACAAAGUUGAGGAGGAGGAAGACAGCAUAUUGCAUGCACGAGCCCCUCCCCUUCCUGAGUGAGGACUUCUGUGAUGGCUGCCAUCACUAUAGGACAGCAGACUCCAGCUUCUUCGGUCUUUCAACAUGGACCCAUCACCAGCGACAUUUUAGGGAUCUUCCAGGCCUCGAGCUGAUGGAACUGCUAAGGUGUUCUGCUUCUUGGUCUGGGCAGCUACCAGAUUCUCUGCCUCUCCAGAUGGCCAUUGUUGGACUACCCAGUCCUGAUGGUGCUCUAAGCAUGUGGUGAACACAGGAGGCUGCCUCUGUCAGUAUGUGGCUGGCCUCCAGCUGAACGACCAGGGUUCUGAUGGGGGUCGGUCAGAUCCAUGGAUGGCAACUCAGGGUCUGUUGGUGUGGAGACCUAGACCCACAUGCAAGACACCCCCCUCCUCUCUCUUGGAGAGGAAUAUUCAGGAAACAGCUCUUAGCUACGUCUGGACUCAGCUCACCCUCUAAGGGCAUCCCACUCUGGUCUCCCCAACUCACCCUGCAUGAAGCCCAACAGGACCUCAACCCAGACAGCCAACAUAAUACCUAUCCUGCUCUCCUUUCUUAACACAAAUAACAGCCAUUUGCCUCUGGGAUAUUCUAGAUUUCCAAGCAAAACAUGAGCACGCUCCAGCUGGGACACACGUGGACUUGGGUUUCCAGUAACAUCCGUUACUCUGUAGCUGAGCCUUUGGAAUCCAUCCCUCCCCCAGCUGAAGCUUUUUAGAAUUAAUCUGGGCCAGAAUUUCAAACAACCCCACCAGGCCUUGAGUUGGUGCCUGUGAACCAAACUCUGACAACGGGCUUCUAAGGCAUAUUCAUAAAAGACAGCUCUAUUUUAUCUGUGACAGAAUGCUAUAGGAUAUAGAGUCAGGGGUUGGAGGUUUGCAGGGGACAAAACUGGGCCUUUUUUUUUUCUAAGCAAGGUCUUUUUGUGUUUUUCAAAAUGCCACCUUUGUAAUUUGUAAAUUACACAGAUUUUAUUGUCUUCCAUAUCAUUAUGUGUGAAAACAGGUUAAUAUUUAUUAAACUGCAUUGUUUUAUUUUAAGUUGGUACUUUUAUAGAAAAUGUGGUCAUGAACUUUCUGUUAUAAAUAACCACAGAGGUGAAA